AUGAUUAGGAGCGUCAACUUAGAUCAAAUGCUUAAUCCUCUCUCAUAAUGCAAGAUUUAGAACCCUCAACUAAUGAAAGCUUUAAAGGACCUAUUGAUAUACAAUACUAUAUUCGAGAACUCAAGAGAUAUAUAGGAAACGCUGAAUAAUUUAAUGGACCUUGAUGAUCAUUUUGGUUCUGAGAUUUGGAGGAGUUUUGUGGACAAUAUUAUUGUUAAUUAAAUUUCACAGUGGAACUGCAGUUAAUUCAUAGAGAUUGUAUCGAUUUACAGAGAAAUGAGGAGAACUUACAUGUUAAGGGAUCUCAUUUAUUAAUACAAAUUCCUUGUGGUUGAGGAUAUUGAUUCUCGAUCCAUCAAAGAACUACUUUUACUCAUUCAGAUUUAUAAGUACGAUUUGCAAUUCAAGAGUUUUAUUGGCAAUUAAUUGAAAGAAAAAAUAAUCAAGAAUGCUAAUCUAAAUAUGAGAGACCUCAUGACAACUCUCAAUGAGACUUUAGAUUUGCCAGAUUUGCGUCGAGAUAUCAUAAAGUACAGUCUGAAUUCAGAGCUCUUUUAUGCUUUCCCCAUUUCUUACCUGAUAACUUUGCUUAAUAGCAUUUAGAAAUUAGAGUAACCAUAUUAUCAUAAUCAUAUUCUUUACUAGCUCUGUCUAAUGGAGAAACAGAUAUCUUUGCAAUCACUUGACAAACUAUGCAGAACUCAUUACAAGUUGCCUGUACUAAAUAGUCAUUUUCUAGCAAUGCUUGUGCGCUUACAUAAUUAAAAUAAUACCUAUAAAAAGAACGAAUUAAAAAUAUUCAACCUCAACAUUAGUUUAUUAAGACUUCCAACUUUAAACAAUCUAUAGCUGAUUGACGAAUAUGAACUAGCAUUAGUCAAUGAACUGAACAUUAAUAAGCCUGAGUAGUUUAAUGUGGGAACUAUUAUAAAGUUCUUGACAGAGAAUUAGAUGUUCGCCAAGUACGGCUUCUAUUUGGGAUUCAAUGAUCUUCUAUUUCAGUCGAUAAUAUCUGAUGAAAAAGCUAAUAUUGAUGUUUGGCAUAUCAGUGUGCUUCUCAAGAUUCUUAACCUUGGCUGUACUGAUAAACAAUUCCUACAAAAAGUAGAGAAGCUGAUAGAGAAGAAUUUUGAAAGAUUCUGCUAGAAUACACUAGUUAAAUUCACUACUUUGGUUUUGGAAAUUUGCCCAGAUAAUGCUAGAUACAAGGAACUUUUACAUAAAAGAGUUAAAAAUAUGAGACCUGAAUCUAUAAAUGAUCCCAAGGUAUCUAUAGGAUUUCUCUACCAAGUAGCUAAGCUCGACACUGGAUAAGACUAAAUAUUCGAGAAAUUUUUUAACUACAAUCUCAAAUAUGUCAACUCGUUGUAUCCUUAUGAUAUCACUAAGAUGUUUUAAAGUAUUUAUAUAAUGAAGCAAACAGAGAGCUCAAACAAUACUAAAUUCUAUGAAAAGAUUUUUGACAAGAUUUAAUCCUUUGAAAAAGUUUAAACUUACGAGCUCAUCAUAAACAUUGAGAAUCUCACAGGAUAUUUCAUAUACUUGCCAAAGCAAUUAAAAGAUAAAUAAUUAGUUGUUUAUAAAAAGCUGUUUACAAAAAUCUAAAACUAUCUGUUAGAUCCUUCAAAGCGAGUUAUAAUGCUCUAUAAAAAAUAUCAAAUGAUAUUCUAAUAGCUGCUGGAUAACUUCAACAAUCUCAGCAAAGAUGAUGAAUUACAGGUACUAAAACCAAUAAUAUAAGAUUGUCUUUAGAUAGUUUAAUACCAUAUAAGACUCGAUAAUGAAUCUAAAGAGUCAACGACUGACAGCGAAGAUGAAUAGUCAACACAGAGGAAUAGUAGAGGAGGAAAAAGGAAUAGAAAUAUAAUUUGA